AAAAAAAAGAAACGUUUUUACUGAUGGCAAUUUAUCCAUAUCGCAGCUUUUCAUCAAUGCAACAUCUCGGACAAUAACGCUUUUUUAAUCCAUUUACAACCCUUGAGCAAGAAUUUAUUCAAGCUUUCAUUUACCGAGCAUCGAGCGAAUAUGCCAUUUAUCGCGAUAUUGGCUACCUGUCCUUCCCUCGCUCAUCUCAUAUACAGCCCUUAUCGUAGUAAUUGUACGGAAAACGCUGUACGGGAAAUCGAGCAGAUAGUGCGCGAUAUCGGUAUCUCCAAAGACACCACAUUUCCAAACAUGUCAACGCUCAGCAUCAACACUGGAAUCUCGCACAGCAAGAGAUUGGCAGCAGUACUUGGAAGGUGCCCAAACCUUCGCGUGCUACGGAUCAAUUGUUAUAAGGACGACUGGCGCCACAGAGAGGCGACCAACAUAGCUGAUAUUUUCAAAUGGUGCCCAAUCCUCGAAUAUGUCGAAUGCAAUAAUACACAAUUCUUUUGCAUGACUAGUUUACAACCCACCAGUCGAAGUAUAAAUGAUAUUAUUGCCAAAUACCCACAUACUGUUGUAGCAAGCAAAAAUAUCGUAUCUCGUACUACGGGAUUGCAAGAAUUGAUAUUCUACGACACUGAAAAUACCGACAUUGUUACCGCAGUACUACACCAAGUUUAUAUGCAUCAAGAUACCCUGCAGCUCCUGGAAAUUGGCAUGAAGAGAAACAUUCCAGUGUCUUGGGACAAUUUGACAGCCAUUUAUGCGCCUCGUUUACGCGUACUGCGAUUGGUCAACAUCUACUGCAGUGAAGGAGCGAUCGCCAACCUUAUUUCCCAUUGUCCUUGCUUGGAAGAAUUAUUGCUGCAUACCCGUUCUGCCACACUUAUGCACAUCCAUUUUCCGCUCUUCGCUCGUUGCGGAACUUACGCUCUUUAACUGUCGACGAUCGCUAUCACAGUAAAAGAUAGUGCAGAUGUCGAUGAUCAGGAAGCACUUGGUCCUCUUUGCAGUUACUUGGACGAGACGGCUCCCUACAGCAAAGUUGAACAGCUCAGCAUCCGAACCAACAUGUGGAUCAACCUGAACAACGAUCGCUUUCUCCUUUCUAUUUCUUCAUUUCCCAGGUUGCGUUCCUUAAUGCUGAUCAAUAAAAACGUAGAGCCUGAGAAAGGUACAAUUACUACGCGAGGAGUACAGGAAUUUACUCAACGGCUGCACAAUUCAUGUAUCGAAGAGC